AUCCUGCCAUGUGAGAAGACGUAUUAUGAAGGAUCCUUUAUUAACGUGCCUUCAAGGGCCAACGGUACAUGGGGUCUUCGUAUUGUCACUCGAUCCGCGGCCAUGAUGGAAGAUCAACCUUCGAGGAAGAGACGAAGGAAAAUCUGGUCUUGUUCACAAUGUCGUAAGCAAAAGCUCUCCUGCGACCGUAAGCAACCGGUAUGUGGCCGCUGCAUCAAGACCGGGCGACCAGACAAAUGUCUUUACGUUGAGGAGGCACCUCGGAAAACUGUAUCUGCAUCCGCACCUGGAGACAGCGAAUUAGAUUGGCUAGCUCGAGUACCAAACGUCCGAUCCAGCCAAGAAGCACCUAGCAAUGGUACAAACAGCAUCCUCCCCAGACUCGGCGCUGUUGAAAAUGGUGCCACCAAAGAGGCACAAAGAAAGCCACUCGAUAUACAUCCGACCAAUAAGGUUGUUCCGGAAUUCGGUAUUGAUGAUAGGGAUGCAUCGCAGACAUUAUGUGUGAACCGCCACAACACCAUCUUCCGCGGCUCCUCUUUUCGAACUCGAUUCUAUGGUCGAACGCAUUCUGGAUGCAUGGUUGAGUCUAUACCAGGCCUUCUUGCCUUCGCCCGAGACGCUUUCAAGGCAUUUCCGGUCCUCGAUCAUGUGCGGCGAGAUGCUCUAUCUUUGAAUGCGCUGGCGCAAUACGACCACAACAUGCAUUCGUCUGUUGCUAGUUUGGAUCUCAGAGCCUUGCUACCAAAAAAAGACGAGACUGACCGGCUAGUACAGUCGUACCUCGAUACAUUCGACCACGUAUAUCAUGUCAUACACCUACCAACUUUCGAGUCGGAAUAUGCGACUCUAUGGCAAACCGAGCAGGAAGCUGGGAUACAGGUCGUCGUCACCACAUUAAUCAUAAUCGCAAUUGCAAAGCAUUUGAGAGUCUCUGCAACAAAUGGGUCGGACCACACCACAAAACCUGCUCGUACAGAAGCCGCGACGAUACUAGAGGCUUGCGAAAGAUGGGUUCAAGCCAGAAGCUCUAGGUUUGUGACCAUGAACGACUUCCAGAUCGGCUUUCUCCUCCUCUGGGCCCAGCAACUGCACGGCAGGAAAUGCAAGCGCACGUGGGCCAAUGCCGGGAGGUUUCUUCGAAUCUGCAUGUGCGCAGGUCUGCAUCGCGAUCCUAGUCGUCUCGCGGAAAGUGAGUCCACGGUCGAGAUGGAAAUGCGUCGUCGCAUAUGGGCAGCGGCCGCGGAGUUUGAGCUUCAAGCUGCGUUUGAGCAUGGGAUGUCGCCGAUCCCAUGGACUGGCCAAAGUGACGUUUCAGCUCCGAGCAAUAAUAGUGAUGAUGAGCUCCGACGUCCUCGAGAGGUAUACACCAAGUCAUCUUAUUUGGCAAUAGCAGGAGAGAGUUUAAGCCUUCGGCAUCGCUUGGGAACUUUGCUGAACGACAUCCACCAUGAGAACGAUUAUGACCAGGCAAGGCAAGUUACGGAGGAGUUGCAAGCGCAUAUUCGUGCUAUUCCAUCUUCUUCCGUUCGUAUACAUGCACUGCUAUCCAUACAAUUGUAUCAAUACAUGCUCGUUGUACAUGAGCAGCAGUUGAAGCAUCGCGCUUCUCCGAUGGCAGUCAUGACUUCGCGGCAUGUCAUGAUAGAUGCUGCUAGGAAGGUCAUGGACUGCCACAAAGCAGUCGUGCUCAAAGGUGAUUACAUCGUCGAGCUGAUGAUGCACGACCACGUGCGAGCAGCGCUAUCUGCUUGCCUCGUGUACUUCGUGGACCCAACAGCAGACAGCAUAUUGAACGCCGCCAUCGAAGAGCACGCAAUGUCAGUAGUAACAGAUGCCCUCCAGAUGGUCAAUGAAAAAGUCAUAAAUUCCGAAGGCGACGAGAGACAUCUCUGGCUGAUCGGAGUAGCACAAGGACUCAUGAAGGCAGACAAGUCCGCAGAGAAAAGGCAGCUUUUCUUGAAGGACGCAGUAGACCUGCUGAUCAGCGCGAAGCAACGGAUCGACGAAGCACCUUCGAAAGAAAGACGGCUCCUCCCAGUGACAACACAGGAUGAAGUACCAGGCCCGUCGUCUGACGCCAACACGGCCUCGAACGGCGCACACGACGCCUUCCCAGACAUGGACUUUGCAGACAUCCCAUGCACGGGCGAUUUCGAGAAUUGGAUGUUUGAAGACUGGGGGUUUGAUCUUGCGCCUGUGCCGUUUUGAGUACGAGUGUUGGUUUCAUCCCGCCAUCUGUUGUGUUUCAUAGAGGGUGUUUGAGGCACUUCGGGAACGUCUAUCACGGCUUUCUUUAAUCCUGGAAAUACCCAGGUUAAUUAACACAGCGGCCAAAUGCUCGCUGUUAGCCCAAGGGGCUCUUCUGUAAGAUGGCACUGUAUCCCUGCUUACUCGGCCUCAAGCCGUCUGCGUACUAAAAUCUUU